AUGGCCUUCGUCUGCGCUUGCUACUUCAUGAACUACCUGGACCGCCAGGCUUUUGCAAAUGCCUAUGUCGCCGGCCUGAAAGAAUCUCUCAACUUGAAGGGCAACGAGUACUCCAUCUUGCUGUCCAUAUACACCGCCGGCAUGGUGGUGGCGCAAAUCCCGCACGCGCUGAUAUUGCAGAAAGUGCGCCCGUCGAUUUGGCUGCCGUUGACGCUGGUGGUGUGGUCGGGCCUCACGAUGUGUUCGGCGGCGUGUAAGAACUAUGCGCAGUUGGCGGCGGUGCGGUUUUUGCAGGGCAUGGCGGAGGCGAGUUUGUAUGGGGGCACGAUUUAUGUCAUGGGCAGUUGGUACAAGCCCAGUGAGAUUGCGAAACGCACGGCGAUUUUCACGGCAAUCGGGCAGGUGGGGAGUAUGUCUGCGGGCCUGAUGAUGACGGCUAUGCAUAAGACGAUGGAGGGGAGGGCGGGGCUGGCGGGGUGGCAGUGGGUCUUUAUUAUUGAUGGAGUGAUUGGUCUUCCGAUUGGCAUCUGGGGAUUUUUGGCAUUCCCCGACCUCCCAGAAACGACAAAAGUCAAAUACCUCAGUGAGGCGGAGAAGAAACUGUCGCUUUCGCGCUUGCCGCCGAAGAAGAAGGAUGGACAUAACAUCGCCUGGCGCAGUCUCUUGAAAGCGCGUCUUCAUGAAGCCGACCAUCUACGUCCUCGUAAGGCUUCUCUGUGGUGUCCGCCAUGCUCGAAGCCUUUGCCUAUCCAAGGCAUGCUCCUCCUCUGGGCUCAAGUACAACAAGCGCUCGCUUCUCGCAGACUGCCAUCAAUACAUACCCGGCUCGGCAUCCAAGCCGUGGCCAUCGUGUCCCAAAUUGUGGCGGGCGCAUACAUUGACCACACGAAUCAUCGACUGCCUGCAGUCCUUUUCGCCGCAGCGAUGCAAGUAAUUACCGCCAGUCUGCUGUUGGUGCGCGACAUGUCGGACGCGGGUAUUUUCGUCGCGCACUACCUCUCUGGCACGAGUUUCAUCGUCAAUCCCGUCAUGUACGGCUGGGCGUCGAAUAUCUGCCAGAAGACUGGCGACGACGCAGUUCGAGCAGUGGUUCUAUAUGCCAUGGCCAUGGGCGGACUGCUCCUGUACACAUUCUGGGGCAUUGUCAUGUAUCCCGCGACGGAUGUGCCGUACUGGCGCAAGGGGUCGAUUACGAUGCUGGUGGUGUGCUUUGUGUUUGUGGGAUACGCAUUUGUGGUUAGAUGGCUUGAUAGACAGACGGAUAUGAUUGAGAGCGAGGAGACAGGGUCGGAAGGGGGCGAGGUCGAGGAGAAUGUGGUUAAGGUCGCUCACAAGCAAGGCUGA